AUGGCGGCAGGGCCAGAGCAAGCGUCGUUCUUCGAGAAGCUCAAUGCGGAAAUGAAGCACGCAAUGAAAAUUUGGGAUAUCUUCGCCGAGCUCGUCGCCUCCUAUUCCGUCGACAGUGUCAAAGAACUGGGCCCUGACGAGGCAGCUGAUUUCACAAUGCCGCAAAAUGAAAAAGGCACAGAAAUAAAAAAUCUUCUGGCCACUUAUCUACCCCCAACAUCCUCUGAAGAAACGCCGCUAUGGUCUAUCGUCCGCAAGAGAUUGAUAGCGCCUGAUUUCCCGAUAUACGCCGCUGUAGAAAUCAAACAACUCAAAUAUGGCAACAUCCCAACACCAAUCGUUCCUACAACAAAUCUCCCCAAUGAAACGUCUGCAGACUUUCACCGCCGCGGCCUCAUGAUGACCGAUAUGUGCUCGACGGCCGGCUACUUUCUCUAUGACACAGUUGUCGAGCUGGCAAAAGGAGUGGAUCCAGAAAUAACCGUGCUUUGGAUCGCGGUCGUCCCCAACCCUCGUGCUGCUUGGAAAGCCCAAAGAAACGCAUUUGCCGUCCUGCACGAGUUAAUCUUGUUCAAAUGUUCCAAUGGGGAAGAGUUCACUUUGGACUUGACUGCAGAGCAAUAUGGAAUACCUUCGAGCGAUCGUUUCAUGCACUGGGAAGAUUACAGGGCACAGUACGUGCUAGAUAAGGCAAAAUACUCAGGACAAGAGAGGCACCAGACUGCCGCAAACGGAAUCUACAAAACAAUGAAGGUGCAUUUGAAGACGGUAGCACGCUCCUGGCUCACAAAACAGCGGGAACCAGGUCUGGAGAGACUGGUUCGGCACGUGCUGAAGCAAGUUGUGGUAGAAAAGAAGCAAGAUGCCAAUACAGGGGCGGUUGCAUACGACAUAGAGGAGUUGAUCGAGAACACCAAAGAGAGGCACCAGACUGCCGCAAACGGGAUUUACAAAACAAUAAAGGUGCAUUUAGAGACGGCAGCACGCUCCUGGCUCACAAACCAGCGGGAACCAGAUCUGGAGAGAUUGAUUCGGCACGUGCUGAAGUAA